AUGUCCACGGGCUCCGGGAGCGAGGCGGAGGAGCUGCCCGACAUGGACCUGCGGGCCCUGCAGCUGGACUACCCGCCGCCGCCGGCCAAGCGCCAGCCCCGCGGCGAGCUCURCCCCUCGGGGGACAACUCCUCGGCUGCGGAGGAGGAGGAAGAGGARGAAGAAGAGGAGGAAGAGGACGGCGAGGGCAGCUGCGCGGCGGGGCCGGCGGGCAGCGGCUGCAAGAGGAAACGGGCGCGGRGCGGCGGCCCCGGGGGCAAGAAGGCGGUGUCGGGGCCGCGGGGGCCGCCGCCGCCCGAGGGGAAGCAGUCCCAGCGCAACGCGGCCAACGCGCGGGAGCGGGCGCGGAUGCGGGUGCUGAGCAARGCGUUCUCCCGGCUGAAGACCAGCCUGCCCUGGGUGCCGCCCGACACCAAGCUCUCCAAGCUGGACACGCUGCGCCUGGCGUCCAGCUACAUUGCCCACCUCCGGCAGCUCCUGCAGGAGGACCGCUACGAGAACAGCUACGUCCAUCCCGUCAACCUGACUUGGCCGUUUGUGGUUUCAGGAAGACCUGACUCUGAUACCAAAGAAGUUUCUGCUGCAAGCAGAUUAUGUGGAACUACUGCAUAGUCAGAGUAAAUUGGGAAUUUUUUUUUUAUUGUUGUUGAUUUUUUUAAUGGGUUGGAUAUUUUUAAGAGCUGUGAUUUAUCAGCUCAGGACUAGAAGAUGGGGCAAACCCCCAUCUCUAACAGUGUUAAAUCUGUAUCCCUCAUCAUUCUUUCCACUUAGUGUUCUGAGGGCAGAUUAUUUAAAGCAGUAAAGAAUGGAGAUGGUUGAGUUUUWAUGAACUGACUGCAGCAGCUGAAGUCUUGGCUUCUUCACUGUUACCACUGCCUGAGGACCUGCUGUUCUGAGGCUUUUAAACUAAUGGAAGAGGAAUAUAAUGAUAUAUAAUUAACAGCAUGGACCAAAAUACAACUCUACAAACUAACCCCAAACAGUGUUAUUUGUAUUGUAAAACAAAACAGUWUUUUAAAGUAGCUUUGGAAGUCAGAUAGAUUUAUAAUAUAUUUUGAUGGCUUUUGUAUUCAUGGAUCYGGUUUACUGCAACUAUGCAA